GUUGUCCCUCUGCAAUGCAAAUCUAAUGUGGAGAUUCGUGGACCCCAAUCUCAUCUCUUAUAUCCAUGAAGAAAUUACUCGAUACGCACAUAUGGUGACAAGACAUACGGCAGCUAAAACUGUGCGAGCAAGGGGAUAAACGGAUGCAGAUUCAGUGAUGGGUGAUAACAUGCACGAGCACUACCUGGAUGCAGAAGAGCGUAGCAUGCUGUUCGGCGUGUGGCACGACGGCAGCAGCAGGGUGUCCGGCGGCUACCAGGACUCAAGCUCCCGGGAUGCCUGGUACAACUCCCCCGUGGCAUCGGCGGUGGCGGCUAGCAGCAGGAGAGUCGCCGUCCCGGCGGGGAGUAUCCGUGGCCGGAGGCUCAACGACAAGCUCUACGCCAUCAGGAGCGUCGUCCCAAACAUCACAAAGAUGGACAAGGCGUCAAUUGUCAAGGACGCCAUCGAGUACGUACGGCAGCUGCAGGAGCAGGAGCGACAGCUUCUCGCCGAGAUGUCCAUCCUAGAGUCAGCGGCGCCGGCGACGCACGGGCAGCUGCUUGCUACAGCAGAGCGUGGCGCCCAGGCCGUCGUUUUACGGGACAGUUGCGCCCACCAUGCCAUGCCGCCGAUGAAGAAAAUGAGGAGCUUCAUGUCAUCCUCGACCGCCGCGACCCCGGCCUCCAACAUGGUCACCACCUCGCGCCGGAUCGAGGCUCUGGAGGUGAAGGUGACGGGCGUUGGUGAUAAGGUGCUGCUGGUGAGCGUCGCGUGCCGCCACCGAAAGGAGGCCAUAGCCAAGGUGUCCCUCGCGCUCGACGGCCUCCGCCUUCACAUCAUCUCAACCAACGUCACGUCAACGUUUGGGACACUCAAGUACACCGCGCUCGUGCAGUUUGCAGAUUUGGUGCGAUUCUCUGGAGAGCAGCCGCAUGUUUGGGAACGCGUGGUUAUGCCGCUUGGCUAUGUGGGGUCUGCUCUAUGGGGGCUUUUUUUAUCCGCAAUUCACGAUUCCGCGGCACGCAAACACGCAAAUGCGGGUUACGGUUUGAAGGGUCUGCUAGAGAUACUCUUACAACCAUAAUAAAGUUUAAAAAAGAAAUUGUAGUCAACUUUGUAGAAUUUAGGGUCAAUGAUUUCAAGAAUUGAUAUUAUCGAGAUUAGCUAUGUGAUUACUCUCUAUUAUUACAUCUGUAGUGUUCUCUUCAUAAUAAUAUACUCCCUCUGUUUCUUGAUAUAAGGUGUAAAGUUUUUUAGUUCA